AUGACCUACGCAAGGACUGAAGGCGAUUACAAAGCUAACAGGGAUGAGUUUAAGGCCGUGGCAUGCCGUGACGGGGUUUCCACUCUCUGGGAAUACUUUGUGGAGAAAUGGGAUUCAUGCGCCGACAUGUGGGUGAUGUUGCACCGAGUUGAUCAGCCACACUUCAACAAUCAUACAAAUAAUCGUGUUGAGAGCUUGUUCGGAAAGAUCAAGCAGAACGUCAAGUCCCACGUAUCGAUGCAUAGCUCUCUAGAAGUGCUUUUGGCAAUUCAACGUCGGAUGGAGGAAGAAUAUCGUGCUCACGUGGAGAUGCCUGGUACUUUACGAGAUACAAGCUACUCGGAGGAGAUGAAUAUAGUGCUGGGGAUGACUACUCGUUGGGUGGCUUCGGCGAUUGAGGGUGAAAACAAAGUGGCGGUGGCUAAAGAAUACCAGGAUCGAUAUACUUUGAAGACGAUGGGGUAUCGGUGA